UACUUUCGGAAUCCUUGGAGCGCCAGCCGCGGGCUUCUGGCGCUCUCUCCCUCCGCUGUUGCGGGCCUCCGGGAUACAGCCGACGCCAUGGGUUUCGGAGACCUCAAAACCCCCGCCGGCCUCCAGGUGCUCAACGACUACCUGGCGGACAAGAGCUACAUCGAGGGGUAUGUGCCAUCACAAGCAGAUGUGGCAGUCUUUGAAGCCGUCUCUGGCCCACCGCCCGCUGACCUGUUCCAUGCUCUGCGCUGGUAUAAUCACAUCAAGUCUUAUGAGAAAGAGAAAGCCAGCCUUCCAGGAGUGAAGAAGUCUUUGGGCAAGUACGGUCCUGCCAGUGUGGAAGACACCACAGGAAGUGCAGCUGCGGAUGCUAAAGACGACGACGACAUUGAUCUCUUUGGGUCAGAUGACGAGGAGGAAAGUGAAGAAGCAAAGAGGCUCCGAGAAGAGCGCCUUGCACAGUAUGAAUCCAAGAAAGCUAAAAAGCCCGCGGUUGUUGCCAAGUCUUCCAUCCUACUGGACGUGAAGCCCUGGGAUGAUGAGACCGACAUGGCCAAGUUAGAGGAGUGUGUUAGGAGCAUUCAAGCGGACGGCUUGGUGUGGGGCUCUUCCAAAUUGGUUCCAGUGGGAUAUGGAAUUAAAAAGCUUCAAAUACAGUGUGUAGUUGAGGACGAUAAGGUUGGAACAGAUAUGCUGGAAGAGCAGAUUACUGCUUUUGAGGACUACGUACAAUCCAUGGAUGUGGCUGCUUUUAACAAAAUCUAGAAUCAUCCUCAAGUCAGUGCACUUGAAUAAAAGCUAGAAAGAA